AUGACAAAAAUUCCUAAUGUAAUGCUUGGGAAGCAGAUCCUUUUGCUUCUGUCCUGUCUGAGUGUGGUGCUGGCUGUUCCAGUAGAAUUGGGAGGAUAUGGAGCAGUUUACUCUCACGCACCCCUCAUUCAUGCUCCAGUAGUCCGUGCUGAGCCAGUUGUAAGAAGCUACUCGUUGGUUGAAGCUGACGGCACCACUCGCACCGUUCAUUACACAGCUGAUGACCACACUGGUUUCAACGCCAUAGUACAGAGAUCAGGCCACGCUGUACAUCCAGUCGUUUUGUUUGCAACUUUGUUAUGGAGUCCAGUAGUUCCAGCUCCUCGGCAGAAGAGGCUUAGUUUAGCAGCUCAUUCUCCUAGUUACUAUUAUACAGAUGUUGAAGGUCAACCAGGAACCUACUCUUUUGGUUAUGACGUAGUAGAUCCAGAGACUGGUAACACUCAAUUUCGUUCAGAGGAGAGGUAUCCAAAUGGAACAGUCGUAGGUAGCUACGGAUAUGUUGAUCCCAAAGGAAGAUCACGUCGUUUUAAUUAUAUAGCUGAUGAAUAUGGAUACAGAUUAAUGAAUGACGUGCCAGUAAAGCAGAACUAUCAAAUCACUACUGAAAAUAUUAAUACAUCAACGGAAGCAUCCAUCACUUGGAGCCGACCCAGGAAACCAAAUAAAAAGAAACAACAGUCUAAGAUUGAAAAGUCAAAGUCGGAAAAACCUUCCACUAUCCUGCAACCGCCUCUUUUCUAUAUGAUUUAA